GCGCGGCGCGCAUGCGCGCUGCGGCGGGGGUUGGGGCCGGCCGCGCAGAAUGCGGCGGAGGUGGUGAGGCCCCCGCGGGGAGGGGGCGGGAGGAGGGCGAGGCACUUAUAAAUGGCGCCCAAGCAGGACCCCAAGCCCAAAUUCCAGGAGGGUGAACGAGUGCUCUGUUUUCAUGGACCUCUCCUUUAUGAAGCAAAGUGUGUAAAGGUUGCCAUAAAGGACAAGCAAGUGAAAUACUUUAUUCAUUACAGUGGUUGGAAUAAAAAACAGAAAUCAGAGCACUUCUUCUUACACUGGGAUGAAUGGGUUCCAGAAAGCAGAGUGCUCAAAUACGUGGAUACCAAUUUGCAGAAACAAAAAGAACUUCAAAAAGCCAAUCAGGAACAAUAUGCAGAGGGGAAGAUGAGAGGUGCUGCUCCAGGCAAGAAGACAUCUGGUCUGCAGCAGAAAAAUGUUGAAGUAUUUUUCAGACGAGAUGGAGCGCAUACUGUUUGCUGUUUGGAGACCCCUACCAUAUCGACGCGGAAAACAAAAAAGAACAAGCAGAAAACUCCUGGAAUUGGAGAAGGGAGCAGCAGCAGUGAGACUCCUCAGCCUCCUAGGAAGAAGAGGGCACGAGUAGAUCCAACAGUGGAAAGUGAAGAAACAUUUAUGAACAGAGUUGAAGUAAAGGUGAAAAUCCCAGAAGAGCUGAAACCGUGGUUGGUUGAUGACUGGGACUUGAUCACCAGGCAAAAACAGCUCUUCUAUCUUCCUGCCAAGAAGAAUGUUGACUCUAUUUUAGAGGAUUAUGCAAACUACAAGAAAUCUAGAGGAAACACUGAUAACAAGGAGUAUGCAGUCAAUGAAGUUGUGGCUGGAAUUAAAGAAUACUUCAAUGUCAUGCUGGGAACACAACUGCUGUACAAGUUUGAGAGGCCCCAGUAUGCUGAAAUCUUAGCAGAUCAUCCAGAUGCUCCUAUGUCUCAAGUCUACGGUGCCCCACAUCUGUUGAGGCUAUUUGUUCGGAUUGGAGCUAUGCUUGCUUACACGCCUCUUGACGAGAAGAGUCUGGCUUUGCUGUUAAACUAUUUGCAUGACUUCUUAAAGUACUUAGCAAAGAAUUCCUCUGCGUUGUUCAGUGCCAGUGACUAUGAAGUGGCCCCUCCUGAGUACCAUCGGAAAGCAGUAUAGUGCUGUGCUGCACUGCAAGGAAGGGCUCAUGGGAUCCUUGUCAUGCUGUCCACUUCUACAUCUUGUUCUUCACAUCUUUCUAUUGCACAUGUCCUCUACUGCACAAACUGUGUGAACAUAAAGUGAAUAAAGUUGUGUGUUGAAUGUGGAGCUGC